AUGGAAAACGAUCUUACUGAGGAAGAUCUCGCCACUUUAAAAGAGUAUUACAAAAUAUUUAGGGACAGUUCUACAGGUAAUAUAACGCUCGAGUCACUUCAAACUAUUAUGGCCUGUAUGGGGCCAAUAAAAACGGAUGAGGAAGUGGCGUCGGUGUUCGCACAAUAUGAUACUACUCAAAGAGGUUCCUUAACUUAUGAUGAACUCGUAGAGUGUAUGAAGCAGGAACUGCAUCAAACUCCGCACAGGGUCAGUUUAGAGGAAGAGUUCAAGAAACUUGAUAAAAAUAAAGAUGGCUUUAUUACUGCGGCUGACCUUCGAGAGGUUAUAACCAAUCUGGGACUAAAUAUUCCUGACGAUGAGAUAGAAGGUAUGAUUGCAGAGGCUGCCGGCACAGAUGGACUAGUCGAUAUAGAUAAAUUCACCAAAUUGUUCACUUUAAAUUAA